AUGCAGGCCUUGGUGAACCCUGCGAAGACGGACACAAACGCGCAGACAGCUGCAUCCAUCAGCUCUCCACCAGCACCCGUCCCCGGACCAUCCGUUUCUACAGGACCUUACACAAGCCAGUUCUCGGUGCAGUCCCAAACUCCUUCGCGUCCCUACUACACGCAUCCCGGAGCGAACACAUAUACCGCUGGUUAUCCUGCCAGUCCACCGCAUCCUGGCGCUCCGUCUCGGCAAACUGGCUCCCAACCUUCUGCCGGUGUUCACUAUCCCCCGCACACCAAUUAUCAGCCACAGCACCCGCCAGCCCAAGGCGUGCCUCAAGCGUCAACCGGAACGUACUCGUACUACAACUAUCACCCAAGCGCGUGGUCGAACGCGUGGAACACUGGUUCUUACCAGUACGGGGCCGGAGGCAGCUAUCCUUACCCGUACGCGCAACCUGCUUCUGCCCCGCCCGCUCCGCAUGCUGUUGCGCCUAUGCACCAGCACAAGCAUGCCGCCCAACCCCCUCCUCCGGCUAAAAGGAAAACACCCACCCCGUCGCCUUCACCCUCUCCUCCACCAGAAUACCACAAAGACUGGGACGCUGUCAUUAAAUCCUUUUUAUCUGCCAUCGGCUUCUCUCAAGCUGCGAAAGGGUUCGAGGCGGAUAUGCUGAUUUUAAAUCCCGAUUUUGAACGCAAUAAAGUGCCCGCCGCACUCGGCGAGCUCAUGAAAGACCUACUGAACUUAGGCCAAAGCAGGCCAGAAACGGGGGACACAUCGACGCAAGACCGUCCGCUGGAGGAGCGCAAGCUCGACUACACGCAUCUUGCUAAUGGUGCUACACCCCGCUCACAGACGUCAAUCACCAAGGAUAUCUCUCAGUUUCUCGCCCAGAAUCGAGCUCGGAACGAUGCGUCCAAUCGCAACGAAUUCCUGCUCUCUGUGGCUGAGAAACGCCGUCGGCUGAACGAGAAUGGUGACUCCGAGCCUGCACCGUCAUGCGCGCGGACCGACGCGAAGACGCAGAACAGGGACUUGCAGAUGAAGUACGACAUCGCGAAAAACGAAGACGGCCCACUCCGACGCACGUUGAAGAGCGGUGUCCCCGGAAACCCCGCAUCGACCCCGUCGACGUCCAAGGUUGGCGCAAACAGCGCGGCUGAGGAUAUGCCGAGUGCGGGCAGGUACCCUGCCCUUGAUGAGCGCUUGCAGAACAUUGAGAGGCAUUUGGCGAUUCGCUAUGUGCCGCUUCCUCCGCGGUCUCUACUGGAUCGUCUCAAGUACUUGGAGGACCAUGUUAUUCACUUGGAGAAAGAGUACCCGCCAUGGGCAGCGCUUCACUUCAAUCAACCCAAUCGUGGCUGGCCGCCACCACCUCGGCCGACGCCAAUCAUUGUGCCGUCUCAUCUGACAUCGACUACCGCUCGAGAGCCCACAGAGUUGGCCACGUCUAGUAUUGCCCCUGGAUCGUCAUCAACACCUGCUGGUCAUUCCACGCCUGUCACGGAGACAGCGGAUCCGAAAGGAAAGGCCAAACCAGGUCGACAUACGAAGUCGAGCUUGCACAGGGCGGUCAUGGAGAGGUUGGAGGUACAGAAAGCGAUCAACGAUCUCACAGGAGAAGGGGGUUAG